AAUAAUCUAUGUCAUGUGAUCAUGAGUACAGCACCGGAUUGUUCUAGUGAGAGUUUAGAAGCACCAUGGAUGACGAAUUUCAAGGUACCAGCUCUCAGAUGGUGAUCUUUUCUAAAAACGAUAGGACAGGUGUGGAGGAGAAUGAAGCAAGAGAAUGGGUUCCUAAGGUGGUCAAGAAAAAUCCAUCUGUGAGCUCAUCUGAAGAUGAUGGGACAGAUGACUGGAUACCCACACAGGAUGAAUCUGAAGGCUAUUCAGAAGAGGAGGAAGAACAAGAACAUAAAAGGAUUCCUAAGAUGCUGGCAGCAUCUGAAGAGGAUGGGACACAUGAUAGUAGACCCACACAGGAUGAAUCUAAAGAUGAUUCAAAAGAUGAAGCAGAACAUUUGGGACAAAUGAUUCACAAAGUGGCCAUGGAAAAGGGGGCGUUUGUGAGCAGUGAGUUGCCGCAGAGGACAGAGGAACAGCAACAGGUUGCUGGCAUCUCUAAGACUCAAAGGCAUCACAAUGUCAGAAAUAGACACAAGUGUCCCAUAUGUGGACAUGUAUAUGCUGAUAUUGUUCAGCACCUAAGAGUCACAGAGAAAGUGGUAAAUGAAAUUGAGCUGCUUCUUUUGAGCCAAUUUUCUCAUCGGCACUUUUCUGCAAAUCUGGACUGUCCAGUCCACUUAUGUCAGUCAAAACAUCUUAAUCGGCUUGAUAAGCACCUGGAAAAGGUCCACAAAUUACAGAAACCUAUGAUUAAACUUUACAUGCAAAAGGCCAAGGACAGAUGCGUUGCUAAGGAACUUGCACUUCUGAGGGCAUCAAAUCCCACACUGCAAAUGGUCUCACAUGUGGGUGAAGUGGAUUAUACAGUGAUUGAGGAGGGCAUCUUUAGGGCACUGGAGGCAAGGUCCAAGGUUGCAUCCCCUAUAGCCUCUUCCAGCAACGCUCCCAGUGACCAUGCUACCCUGAACCAUUGGCCUGCUCCUCCCUCUGACAGCAAGGCUCUGGGUGACUCUACCAGACCAAACCUACAGCCUCCUCUCUCUACCCGUGACCCUCUCAGUGACCACACCAUCCCAAUUAUGCAGCCUCCUUCUAUCUCCACCAGCAAGAUUACUUGUGAUUCAACAGUGGUGUCCCCUGAUUUGUUAAUCCCAAGCAGUGCACCUUACUAUGCAGCAAAGCAAAGGAGGGAAUGUCUUCUCCCGAGGACACCUGCUCCUGGUUGCAAAAACUGUCAGAUACUGUUCACUGAGCUACAGGUGGUGAAGCAGUUGCUAGAGUGUGAAAUUGAAAGGAAUCAUGAGCUCAAGCAGAUACAUUCUUCAACCAAGCAUCCAAAUGUUAAAUAUAGCAGACGUAAACGGUUUUCACCCAGCAAAGCCCCUCACUAUGUAAGACUGGUGGAAGAAUUUAGGGCCCAUGCAGAAGGUGUGAACCCUAGCAUAGAACUACAUGAAAAUGCAAGGCAGCGAGCCACUCAUGUCAUCCGGUUUCUGGAAUUCAUGGCAGACCCAGCAAUUCCAAACGUUGACCUUCUGUUUCUGAGGAACCAUGGAAAAGUCCGUGAUUUUCUAGCACACCUGCAAGCAAAAGGGUUUAAACCAACAACUCAGAGAGCUUAUCUCAUGGAUGCUAUUGCUUUCAUGAAAUAUAUAUUAAACAUGUCACCACCACAAGUCAGACUUGGAAAUAAAAGGAUCAACGCCCUUUUGGUCGAACUGAGGGCACGUAACAGAGAUGUUGGCCGUGAAGUAGUCGUGCACCAGCUGAAUGUGCGGAGAUCUAAGUCUAAAAGACUUGUCAAAGCAGAAAAACAUGCUUUGUUCAUUGAAGAGGCUCCCCAGAAGAUUGCUGCCGCACUGGAUGACCUCGAGAAGCAACCCCAGAACAGAACAAUAUUGAAAUUGUUUUUUGGACUGUUGGGUGGAUACCUCAUUGCCAUAACUGGCCACCGAAAGGGAGUGGUCAUCAACAUGACUACUGAGGAGGUUGAAAUGGCAGAAAAAACUAAGCAGGGUGCCCGCAUCAUCCGUGUUAAACAGCACAAAACUCAAAGAUACCAUGGGGAAGCAGCUGUCCCCCUGUACAAGAAUGAGUAUACCUGGUUGCAGCGUUACAAUCAUAUUAGAGAGUAUAUUGAAGGGGGUUCGGAGGCAUCAACUUUUUUCCACAGUUCCAGUGGAGGUGUUCUUCAUAGACUACUGGAAUUUUUCAAGGCAGCCUGGGAGAUGAUGAAUCUGGGGAUUGCCCCCACCUUCAACAUGAUACGUUCCUCCUGUAGCACUUACGCCAAGCGACAGUUGGGACGUAAAUCUUAUGACAGAGUGGCAACGUUUAUGUGCCAUGAUGCCAUCACAGCCAAAAGAUUUUACCAAGCUGAGGACCCUGCAGAGGACACACUCCAGAGCCGAGCACUGACCACCCAUGCAAUUGCAACAUAUGCAGCAAAGAAAAGGAAAAGGACAGAGGACAGAGGAUCUGUGCAGGACAAGGACAGUGAAGGAUCUGACAAGGAAGAGCAGCAGUCAUCAGGAACAGAGGAGCUUUUAGACAGAAGGCUCUUCCAGUGUAACAGUAACAAGAUGGUGAGCCCACGUCAGGGUGAGGGUGCCGGUAGUGCUGGAGCCACAAUAAGAGAAACUAAACAGGAUUUGAAAGAGGAGGUGGAGCAUCUACAAAAAGUGACAUACCAGUUGCGCAAGAGAAAAAUGGUCAUCUUUUACAAAAAUGAUAGGACAGGUGUGGGGAAACUCACACAAGAAGACAAUCCACAAGAGGAGGAGGAGGAUGAAGCGAGAGAAUGGGUUCCUAAGCAGUCUGUUAGCUCAUCUGAAGAUGAUGGGACAGAUGACUGGACACCCACACAGGAUGAAUCUGAAGGCUAUUCAGAAGAGGAGGAAGAACAAGAACAUAAAAGGAUUCCUAAGGUAGCCAAGAAAAACAAAACUGGGUGUCCUGUGCCACAAAGAGAGAUGGCAGCAGCAUCUGAAGAGGAUGGGACACAUGAUAGCAGACCCACACAGGAUGAUUCAAAGGAUGAAGCAGAACAUUUGGGACAAAUGAUUCACAAAGUGUCCAUGGAAAAGGACAGGGAAACGGCGAUAAGCUUAUUACCAGUACAACACCAAAUUCCAGUUGUUACUCUGAAUUCAGUCACUCUCAAGACACCCAUGAAGGACAAGGUCGCACUGGAGGUCCCUCCUGGUAUGCAGCAGGCCUAUGUAAACCAAGACACAGCAAGGACUGUGAAUAAGAGUUCAGAAAAAAGUGUGAUUCACCAAACCAGUUACUUGAAGAGGCUCAUUUUUCAUCAGUCAACUCUCUUUGAAGACACCAUACCAAGAUCUGAUAACAACAAGAAAGACCAAAGUGGAAUGUCAUCUGCAGCAAUAAUAACCUCAGAACAACUGGAAGAGAAAGAGAUACAAGAAGAAUCUCUGGAGAAGAUGAAGUGUGAAGACAAAGGAGGGAAGAGAAAAGAAAAAGUACAGCAGGAGCCUCUGGAGAAGAUGAGGGGCAAAAGGCAAAGGAAGGAAGAAAAGAUACAGGCAGAGCCUCUGGAGAAGAUGAAGAGUGAAGCCAAAGUAGGAAAGAGAAAAGAAAAAGUACAGCAGGAGCCUCUGGAGAAGAUGAGGAGCAAAAGGCAAAGGAAGGAAGAAAAGAUACAGGCAGAGCCUCUGGAGAAGAGAAUUAAGAUUAUGAAAUAAAAGAAGGAAAAAUCCACAGAGUUCUCAAAGAAAUGGCGAGAGAAAGUCUCAGAAAAUAAGGUGCAUGAAAGAGUUGUUAAUUAAAAGUGAUCAUCUAAUGAGUUACUGUCAUGUUUAUUUUCUGGAAUCACUGGUGCUCUCAGACUUGACAUUAUAUAAUUCCACCAUAUGUGAGAUCAGUCAAAUUAAGAAAGGAAUCAAAAUAGCUAUACCAAUGGCUGCAGAAAAGUGACAGUGGUCAAACAACAUCAUUGAGCAUGACAAAACACUUUUGAAGACAGCAGUCUCCAGAUACCUCAUCAUUGAAGACAAAUGACACACAUCUAUUGUGGAGAAAAUUCGGUUCAAAUCAAUUUUAUUUAUAUAGCGGCAAAUCACCACAACAUUCGCCUCAAGGCACUUUAUAUUGUAAGGUAGACCCUACAAUAAUACAUACAGAUAUAAACCCAACAA